AUGUUUCGGCAUGCCCUUGAGGCGGCUCUGGCCUAUGAUGUCGCCAUGUUCUGCUUCUAUGGUGAGUGCCUCCCUAGACAACGCAAAUUCAACUUCCCGGCCGUCCAGUGGUCUGCCAUCCCUGACCACCUUCGCAUCCACCUCAGCAUAGCCACCAUCAGGGUGAUCGCUGCAGACUACGGCCGAAGGUGUGCUCCGUUCCUGGCACCCCUCGUGUGCCGUGCAGUACCAGGAGCGCUGCCGGCACCACCUCUGGUGGCGAUAGUGCCAGGUACUGAUGGUGCUGCUGCCACCGCCGGUGUUGAGGUAGCCACCCUAACUGACGACCAUCGUGGGAGCAACAAGAAGUAUUUUUUCUAG